CAAAACUCUCCAAAAUCCUCCACUUUUCUCACUGCUCGAAAUCCUUCUCUCUCUCUCUCUCUCUCUCUCUCUUUCCUACAAAUAGUAAAUCCUUCAAUCUUCACCAGAUAUAGUCCUAAUUCCCAAAAUCUAAUUAGAAUCCCAAAAUUCCCUCUUUUCACCAUUUUUCAAUUCACCUCUCUCCUUUCUCUUUGCGGAAAAUUCUUGCUUUGUUUUUUCGCUAUAAAACUCUGAUCUUUGUUUGAAUUCAAUCACUCUGCAUGUUUGUUUGUUUUAGCUUGGAAAUCCAUGAAUUGAGAAAACCCAAUUCUUGAACCUGUUAAGGUCCACUCCGAUUGCUGUCUUUCACAAGAGGGAAAAAAAAAAAAAAAAAAAAGAUAACGUAAAAAGAAAAAAAAAAAAAAAACUUAAAAAAUUUUGCUAACAAUGGAGAAGUAUGAGCUUGUGAAGGAUAUAGGAUCUGGGAAUUUCGGUGUGGCAAGGCUUAUGAGGAACAAGGAAACCAAAGAGCAAGUCGCCAUGAAAUAUAUCGAGCGUGGCCACAAGAUUGAUGAGAAUGUGGCAAGGGAAAUCAUAAACCACAGAUCGCUCCGCCAUCCAAACAUAAUUCGGUUCAAGGAGGUAGUGUUGACUCCUACACAUCUUGCUAUCGUCAUGGAGUAUGCAGCAGGUGGAGAGCUCUUUGAGCGAAUUUGCAAUGCAGGAAGAUUCAGCGAAGACGAGGCUAGAUACUUUUUCCAGCAGCUUAUCUCAGGAGUCAGCUACUGUCAUUCUAUGCAAAUAUGCCAUCGAGAUUUAAAGCUGGAGAAUACUUUGCUGGAUGGAAGCCCUGCUCCACGCCUGAAAAUUUGUGAUUUUGGUUAUUCUAAGUCAUCCCUGCUGCAUUCAAGACCCAAAUCGACUGUCGGAACUCCAGCGUAUAUUGCACCUGAGGUUCUUUCUCGAAGAGAAUAUGAUGGCAAGUUGGCUGAUGUAUGGUCAUGUGGAGUGACACUUUAUGUGAUGCUGGUGGGAGCAUACCCCUUUGAAGACCAAGAAGACCCAAAGAAUUUCAGGAAAACCAUUAAUCGAAUAAUGGCAGUCCAGUACAGGAUCCCAGAUUAUGUUCACAUAUCACAAGAUUGUAGGCAUCUCAUUUCUCGCAUAUUUGUUGCAAAUCCAGCUAAGAGGAUCACCAUUAAAGAAAUCAAGAUUCACCCAUGGUUUUUAAAGAACUUGCCAAGGGAACUGACGGAGCCUUUACAAGCAAUGUACUACAGAAAGGAAAACCCGAGCUUUUCCCUCCAAAGUGUAGAAGACAUCAUGAAGAUAGUGGAACAAGCCAAAAUUCCUCCCCCAGUUUCCCGAUCAAUCGGAGGGUUUGGUUGGGGAGGAGAGGAAGAAGACGACACAAAGGAUGGUAUAGAGGGCAAGGUGGAGGAAGAUGAAGAAGACGAGUAUGAGAAGAGAGUCAAAGAGGCUCAUGCUAGCGGAGAAGUGCAUGUCAGCUAAGUAAACAAUAUUUCUAUUCAACCGCGUAAACAAAAUUUCUAUUCAACCGAGUAAUUAUUAGGAGGUGAAGAAUUUUGGUUUCAGAAUGUGCUUGUAGAAAGUGGGUUUGCUAUUUAGGGAAUGGUGUUGAAAUAAAAUGUUUGUAAAUUGAUAGUGCCAUGAAGGUAAAGAAGUCAAAUGAAGUUGUUUUGACUGUAAGUGCGAAUAUUAUUAGUUAUCCUGCUACUGCGACCUUCAUUAGGAUUUAAAACUAUGUUCAUGAGUUUUGAGUUUGAGCU